GUAUUGGUACUUUUAUUUGAGCUCAUGUUGUUUCUUUGGAAAUAUCAGACAUAACUUUCAACUAAACCUUUUGCCUUUUUGUAUCAACUCAUUAUUUUCACAUGGUUUAAGCCUGCUGCUGCCAAUACUAUUUGCUAAAAUUACAUAAAUGGCCAAAUCCAUGUCAUAGGCACAGUAAAGGUGGUAAUUUUUACAGUAUAUCAUAUCAAACAUACCAAACGUCAUCCAGGGAAACAAGCCCACGCCUUAAAGGUAAUAUUUACUUAUGGUGUUGUGUUUCAGGUGCUGUGAGAGAGGCCAAACAGCAGACUGUCACUGCGUGGAAGCAGAGGAAGCCUGUUAUUUUUGGAGGAAUGGUGGAUAUUUAAGGAUGAAUGGCAUGACUGGACCUUUGACUGAAGCAACGGGAUUGCAAUCGUUUGUUCGCCUCACGAGGUUUCGUCGGCAGCCAUGGCUUCCCUGGGGCAGAUCAUCUUCUACAGCAUGAUUACCCUCAUCGUCUUAUUCUCAGCCAUCAUCAUCCUCAUCUUGGCCUUGGCCUUCUCAAAUUCCUCCUCUGAGGUGCUGAGCAGCAACACGGUGCCCAUCGCCAACCUCGGCGAGGAUAAGCUCCUCAGCUGCUCUCUUCGCUUGCAAAGCGAACAAACCAGAGUCAGCCAGCUGUCAGUCACCUGGGAGAAGGAGGGCCUGGAGGGACUCGUUUACCAGUACAAGGACGGAGUUCCGGAUCUCGGGGACCAGAACUCGCAGUUCAGAGGGAGAACUCAGCUCUUCCCUGAUGCUUUAGUGACGGGGAACGCCUCUCUGCUGAUGAGGAAUGUGAGAAGCAGUGAUGAGGGGGAGUACACCUGCAGCAUCAGCUCAUCUGAUGGUGGAGGGACGGUCAACAUUCGUCUCAGAACAGCAGCCUUUUCAGCCCCAGCAUUUACAUUCUCAAAUGGUGUCCUGACUGCCAAGGCAAGCAGGUGGCUCCCCAAGCCACAUGUGACAUGGCUGAACUAUGACGGAGACGUCCUGCAGGGAAGCACAAACUUCUCACAAAGCUCUGGAGGCAUAUACAGUGUUGUUAGCGCCCUGCAGCAGGCCAACAUCAGCAGCAGCUACACCUGCAAGAUUGAAAAUGACUUGGUGAUGUCGAUCUCUCAGGCGACUGUGACAGAGUCUGCAGUACUGGAGAAGACAUACUUCAACUACAGCACUGCUUCAUCCCUGCUGACGUCAGGUUACCUGAGCAUCAUGACCAGUGUCCUCUGCAUCUAUUAUCAGACCUAAUUACACAAACAGACAUUAAAUAUUGCCCUGCACAGCUCAUCCCAGGUGACCACAGUGCAUCAGGGCGAUGGAUUUCUGAACAUUAUGUUGCUUUGGUUGUUAAUUUAUUACAGUGGAUGUUGUUACUGUGUAACAGCGUUUAACUCUCAGUCAGCUUUUACAUUUUCUUUUUAUUCCCCCGAUGUGAGUGUCAUGUUUUACUCUAAGUGAAGACUCUGUCUAUAUUAUUUUUCAGUAAAAUUUUCCUAUUAGUGUGAGUUUUUAUUUGUAUCUGUCUUUCUAAUGUAAAACAAGAUGAACUACCUUCUAUGUUGUAAACACCACACACAUUAUUAUUAUUAUUAUAGUUUUUGUUUUGUUUGUUUGUUUGUUUGUUUGCUUGUCUUUGUUACUGCUUUACUGCCUGUUUCAGGACUCCAUGUACAGUAGAUCUUA